AUGAAAGACGAGCAAAGUUUCGACACGGCCAACGGACUCGAGGCGGAUCUAUUCUACGUGCACGAGGGAUCCAUUAACACAUACGCGAUGCACUUCACCGUCCUGGUGCCCGCGGACGUCCACGAGCUGGAGUUCUCCUGGCAGAGCCUCAUCGCCUAUCCGCACAAGGGCCUGGUGCUGCAGGAGAUCGAGUCCUUCCUGGUGUACUUCCCGUGCACGGGCAACGCCAGCCUCCAGCUGCCCGUCAACGUCAACAUGGUGGUGCUAGGACCCCCGCGCUUCAACGACACCAGGCUCCACUUCAAGCACAACAAGAUCUGUGCCAAGGGUAGGUCUCACCAUCGCUCGCACUGCCACAGGGAUCACAUGCAUCUCAUCCAUCACCAUCCAUCUCCUCCAAUCAACAGGCAUCUCACCCGAACCGAACCAAUCGCAGGCCCCGCCCAUGCCCCCUCCCAGGGCCCUGCCUUGCUGAGUGCCGCAGCCUGUGCCCUCGGCCUGGUCCUGGCCGUGGGCCUCGUGGCCAGCAUGAUGUAUUUGCGGGCUCGCAAGCAGCUUCGCCAGGACUCGCUUCAGAAAGCUAUCCCCUCCAUUACUCUCUCUCCUCAACAUCAACACCUCCUCCUCCGCCUUCUCCACAACACAAGCUUCACCACCGCGGCCUAUGGCAGCCACCAGAACAUUUUCAUCCGCCUCGACCCGCUCGGACGGCCACCGAGUGCCACCGGCUCCUACACGACCAUCGCCAGCCUCAACAAAAACCUCGGGAGACCGAGAAGUGGCUUCCGCAGCUCCCCCAUUCCGACGCUCUACGCCACCGCCCUGCUGCCGAUGGGGGACCAGACUCAGGCCGGAGAAACAAUCUACUCGAAGCCAGAGUCGAUCUGUCCCUCGAGGAUAUCCUACUACGCCUCCUCGCAGCUGACUCUGACCCAGGCAGGCUAG